AUGAAUAUUUUGACAAUAGUUUCAAUAGCUUUAUCCUCUCUCAGUAUUUUGAUAUAUGUGAUAUGUUAUAUCAUUAGUGAGAGUCGAGUGACCUCAAUGAGUAUUACUUUACUCUGCUUAUAUUACCUUGGUCGAUUGUUCUGUACAUUAAUUACAUUUCCAGGAUCUUUUAAAAAACUUUAUUACAAAUUUACUUAAUUGAAUUUGAGUGAAUAUUUUGUUAGCAGAACCUUGUAGUAACUAACAUUGAUUAUAAACUCUAUGAAUUGUAAUAAAUAUGCUUAGUAUGCUAUUGAAAAUGCAUUAAAUUUUUUGAAUAUACAAUACAGAACUUUAACAGAAAUGAAAUCGAAGAGUGAUUAGUAAAUAAAAUACAUUGCAUUAUUGAAACUUUUAAAUGAUGAAUUGAUUCAAAUCUCUAAGAAUGAGUCCCUCGAUAAAUUAUCAAAUGAAAAGAAGUAGAGAAUGACUACCUAUUGUAAAUAAUUACAAAUAUUCCUUGAACAUUAUGCGUAUCAAAUGUCUUAAAAGAGUAUUAUUUAAAAAUUCUUUGAGCCAGAAUUCCUUUGCACUUUAUAAUAAAGGAGAAUUGAGAUUUUAAUUUAGAAUAAUAAUAUUGAGAGAUUGAAUCUGAAAACGAUGUCUUAAGACACUUUGGAUUGUUUAUUUAUUAAGAAUAAUGAGAAUGGACCAACAGUUUUAUUUUGCAAUCCAAAUGCUGGAUAUUAUGAAUAUAUGUUCUUUGAUGUAUUUCUAUAUUUUUAAUUUAGUGUGAUUGGUUCAAAUUUUAUAAUUAAAUGAAAUAUAAUGUAAUCUUAUGGAACUAUAGAAGUUUUGGAGAAAGUACAGGUAGAAUUUCAAUUUAAAAUUGUAUUGAUGAUGGUCGUUUUAUAGCUGAAUAUUUUAAGAAUAAAUACAAUAUCAAAACAUUAGGAACUCAUGGUUAAUCACUUGGAGGAAUGGUUGCAUCAGAAAUAGCAUAUUAAUUAAAGCUUUCUUUCUUAAUUGUGGAUAGAAGUUUUUCAUCAUUAGGUUAAGUUGCAGCUACAAUGUAUGAUAUGAAAUAUAAAUAAUAAUAGGUUCUCUUCAUCAAUUAUUAGAUUUAUUUAUAAUUGUCUUGUAAGUUGGGAUCAUCCUAAUUAUAUCUCUUAUUAUAAUUACCUUGGACCUAAAUUAAUUAUCUAAGAUCCUAAAGAUGAAAUACUUCCUUAUGAAUCCUAAUUAUAAACUGCAGUUGUUCGUUGUCAUUUUAGUGAUUAAACACUUAACUAUUCAUACAAGCAUUCUUAUUUUAAUUAAGAAUCUACAUGUAUUAAAUAUUUAAUAUUUAUUAUAGAAUAUUUGAAUUACUUUUAUUCUUAAAUUAUACCUCAAAAACAUAUUAUACAAAUGUGUAUAUCCCUUUAAUAUAUUAUUAAUUUAGCUAUUAAAAUAAAUCAAGCUGAAGAUAAAUCUGAAACUAAAAAUAAUUAAAAAUAUAUAGAAUUAUAAAAUAAUGAUGAUGAAUUAGAUGCAGCUAAACCUAUACUUUAAUAAAUAUAUUCCCUUUUCUCCUUAAUUCAUUAUUGUGGAAAUAGUUUACUAGAUGUAAUGCAUAGAAAAGCAAAUCCAGAAAAAGUUGCACUCUUUUUUGGUAGUUGUUUUGCAUUUGAUUAAUAAGAUGAAAAUGAGUUUGAAAAAUGUUUUCGCAAUUUUGAAGUUAAUUGUACACAAUUCUUGGAACAUUCAAAUUAUUAUAUUCAUUGGAAUUAAGUAUUUAUAUAAUUUAUAUCCAUUAGAUUAGAACACACAUUAAAAUCAUAAGAGACAUAUGCAGAAUGAUUUCAGAAAAAUUCUAAAAGAUCAAAUCAAAUAAUGAUUACUCUCUAGAAAUGACUGGUUAUACUAAUGAUUCAGAUUUGAGCAAAAAAAAUAUGUUGGGAGAAUUGAUUUCAGUUUCAUGUGGACACAAUAACAAUAUAAGUAAAGAAGAUGUCUUUUUAGUUUAAAAAUUUUUUAUUAAAAAUAAACUGAAAUGAUUAUUUUUAUCUUUAUUUUACAUUUCAC